AUGUCAUCAGAGCGGCGGCGAGCAUGUAUCCCUUGCACAAGAGCCAAGCGCCAAUGCACAAAGCAAACACCAUCAUGCCGGCGCUGUGUACUACGCGGCGGACUUGUUUGUGAGUAUCCGCCAGCCCGCCGUCCUGCGGCCGCACUUGUGUCAAUUUCACCAUGCGCGGAAGCCGCAGGUUCAUCCGCGGCGCAAGCCCCCCAGACCUUGGAGCAAAGCGAAUAUGUGGAAUCCCUCCUGGAGGAAGAGGACAUCGACUUCAACAGUAGACUCUUAGAACUCAACCAGUUCGGCCCAAGUGAGACCGAUCCUGCCUACCAGAACAUACCAGAUACGCCAGCUGAGAAUAAUUCAGCCUCAACAGCAGCACCAUGGUUCCUGCUCCCUUCAAGCUGGAAGCAUGAACACUCGCCCCCACGCCCGCAAGAAGAUGUCUCUACGGCUAGCAUACAGAGCUACGUCAGCACCAUUAGGGGCUGGUUCUACUCAUGGGCAUCCGGCUCGUCGCCGAACCCGCUAUUCCACCCCGAGCUGUACCGCCGCGACAUGCCGCGCUGCGCGCAGGAUGCCUACACGGCCAUCUCCGCCUACCAGCACAGAACGGCCGCCAACUCGGCGACCGUGCUGCGGAUCGUGGGGGCCAGGGCGGAGCAGCUAGUCCAGGAACAGGCGCUGCGGGAGACCCUGGGCGGCGAGCUGAGCAUGCUCGAGCACCUGGCCCGGGUGCACGCCCUGCUGGCGUACCAGACCAUCGGGCUGUUCGACGGCGACAUACGGGCCCGCGCCCGGGCGGACGAGAUGGUCGAUACGCUGUUCGGGUGGUGCGAGGCCAUGUGGUGGAGUGCCAGGGAGGCCCAGAGGAAGAGACAGGACAACAGCAGUCCGCUACAGCCGCCCGACGACGACGCGCCGCCUCUUCCCGCCGCUGCCGGGGUCGUUCAGGGAAGCACAGCAGCAGCAGCAGCAGCAACGGAUGGAGCCGGUGGUGGUAUCCGCGGCGACGACACUACGAGUCUAUGGCACACGUUUGUCCAACUCGAGUCCGUCCGCCGGGUCUUUCUCACGACCAAUAUCCUCCAGCAUGUCUAUCUGACUCUCAACCGCGGCUGGUCUGUUUGCCCGGGCGGCGUGACCAUCUCGAUACGCCGUGGUGUCUGGGAGGCGAGGAGCGCGUACGCCUGGGAGAAACUCGUAGGCGGCGGGGACGGCGGCGAAGAUCCGUUGUUGGGUCUACAGACCAUGCGUCUGGGUGAGGUGCUCGGGGUGGUCAGACCUGUGGACGUGGACGAUUUCGGCUUGGCGGUGAUGGGUUUACAUUUUGCUGAGAACAAACUGGAACGGUGGUUCGAUGGGAAGGGGGGGAUGGUUGAGAGGGAGAGCAUGGAUAUACUGGUAGGGCUUGGUAUAGUAGGGGCUAACUGA